GCAUUCUUCUCACUCUUCAAACCUGCGAAGAAGCCAGAGGAGGACCAAGAAACCGAACAGGAAAAGGAGGAGAAGGAGGCUGCCAAGGUCAAAGAAGUGAGCCGACGACUGGCCGAAUUGGAUAUCGCGAAUGUCACCGACGACCAUGUCCUGUACGCGCUACACUCCAAAUUCGCCGCCGGCGACGUCAACAAGGCGGUCGAGCUUAUGGAAUUGCAGAAGACGUCCUUUUCUGGCAAGAUUUCUCACUACAACCCCAAUAUUCGCAUGCUCGGUGCAGAGAAUCGCGGCAAUGUUACAUGCUACCUCGACGCCCUGCUCUUCGCCAUGUUCGCCAAGCUUGAGGCAUUCGAAUGCAUGCUCAAAACGGAGCUGCCAGAAGAACCACAGAGAAGACUCGCGGCUCUGUUGCGACUGUGGGUGAAUAUGCUUCGGAGCGGGAAGCUGAUCCAAACGGAUAUGACGCAGCACAUUCAAGAUGCACUUGCUGCAUGCGGGUGGAGGGAUGCGCAGUUGCUAGAGCAGCAGGACACAUCUGAAGCAUUCGCAUUUAUUACCGAGACACUCCAGCUUCCGUUGCUGACACUGCAAGUCGACCUGUUCCACCAAGGCAAGAAUGACGAGGCGGACCACAAGGUUGUCUAUGAGAGAUUGUUGAACCUGGCUGUACCUCCAGAUACCGAUGGCAAGGUUAUCAGGCUCGAAGAUUGUUUGGAGGAGUACUUCAACUCUCAGGUCGACGUUCACAGGGACAGUCUGGAGGAAAAAAGACGAAUGACUUUGACGCCUACGCCAAGAAGUCCUGAUGCGCCAGCAACGCCAUCAUCGCCUCGAAGCACAAUACGCAUCGUCUCAGAUGACGAUGAAGAUGAUAAUAAGGAGGCGGGUCCCGUAGCGACCGCCGAACAUGCCGAAAUGGCUCCGUUGGAGAGACGUUGGACGGAGCGCCCUGGUUCGCAGCCCGCUGGAUCGCAGGAAACACAAUUGUCGGGUAGACCUAACAGGUCCCGUACGGAAAGCAUCAUACAACGCGUUGUGCUCGACAACGGCGCAAGGCCCUUUGAUUCGGAUUCCGCAAGUCUCUUCGAGCGAGCCAAGCGGUCAGUAUCAGUCGUGAAGGCUGUUACCAUUCCUGCUUGGCAAUUUUUCAGGCUUAUCCCCUGGCACUCACCAGCCAAUGAGGAGCCUCGAAGUGAUCUAGAAGUCGCGCGGCACUUCAGCCAACGUCCGGUUGUCGGUAUUUGCCUCAAGCGGUAUAUGAUGAACGAUAAGGGUGUGCCCAUGCGGCAAAACACCUAUAUCGACAUCCCUGACAGUUUGAGGCUACCACACUUCAUUGUCGACGAGCGACAUGUUGAGGAGCAUGGCCUAAGCACAGAAUACAAGCUCAUCCUGCAGUCAGUUGUCUGUCAUCGAGGAGAUUCUCUACACUCAGGCCACUACAUCUCAUUCUGUCGCGUUGCACCCAAGCUUCUCACUGACAACCGCCGGCACGACAAUGACCCCCCGCCGGACUACGAAGAAGCACAGUGGGUUAAAUUCGAUGACUUGUGCUACGAAGAUCGCGUGAUAACAGUCGACGACAUCAAGCAGUCACUAAAGGAUGAGAUGCCAUACCUACUCUUCUACCAAGUUGUUCCCAUCGUCGACGUGACUGCCAGCUCCACGGAUGGGACUGAACUUGAACCGCCCUCUUAUACCAACACAACCCUGAAUGUCACAGUUUCGGAUAUAUCGGACCAUGCACAAGACAGGCCCGUUAUGUCGAGGCAAGCUAGCAGUUACUUCGAAAAUUGGAGCACCUUACCGUCGACGAAUGCUAGUGUAAGAUUCUCGUCUGAAUUAGAGCUACCAUCUCGGCGUAGCUUUGGCGAUGAUGAGGGUUUCUUGAGUGCUUCCCGCCGCGGAAGCCUUAUGUACGACACGUCCACCGGCGUCAGUCCGGUCGAAGGUCACUCGCCGGCAGUCACACCAUCGGAUGAAACGACAGCCCAGCGAUUGAGUCGGGCUGCCGCCAAGUUCAGCCGUGGCAGCAAGAGUCGGACAGACAGCCAAGCCGGGGAAGGAAGGAUCAGCAUCACCAUGUCGCGUCUGAGCGGGUUGGUGAGGGCAAGUAGAGAGCCGCUGCGCGACUCGACUUCCACGGAUCCUGAUGAGGAAGGCCAAGAGACAGCCAAUCCGAAUGGGACCAACGGAAAGGAUAAGGAUAAAGACUCCUCGCCUCAUCGUCACAAGCGAGGGCGAUCGAAAGCGCGGCCAGAUAAGGGGAAGGGGAAGGAGAACAAGAAG